AUGUCACAAGAACAAGCACAGGUGCAGGCGCAAACGCUUCCUACGGAUUUCAGGGCUUCUCACUAUGAAGUUGAGCUAAGCGAGCUUGAUACCGAUAAGAACACCUUCAUCGGGUGUGUUAGCAUCCACAUCAAGACCAAUAAGCCAAGCGAUACGAUCUCGUUGAACAUGAGAGACAUCGAGAUCGUUUCCGCUGUGGUUGAACGCGAAAAUAACGCAUUGUUGGAGAUGCAAGACAAAACGGUAGAUGCCGAGAAUGAUGUCGUUUCGUUGAAGUUCUCCGAAGUUAUCAGCGUCCCAACUUUCACGCUGAAGAUCAACUACAAGGGUAUCAUCCAGACCAACAUGUCGGGAUUCUACCGUUCUGAUUACACUGAUGUGGCCACUGGUGAAAAGAAGGCGAUGUUUUCUACGCAAUUCGAGGCUACUGAUGCUCGUAGAGCGUUCCCCUGUUUCGACGAGCCUUCGUUGAAGGCUACGUUCGAUAUUUGCAUUAUCGCACACGAAAAGUACACCGUGUUGGCCAAUAUGCCAUUGAAGUCCUCCAAGAAACUGCAAGAAUCUGACCAGAUCAGCUACAGAUUCCACACUACUCCGUUGAUGUCAACUUACUUGGUCGCCUGGGCCAUCGGUGAAUUCGACUAUAUCGAGUCCGAAACCGAAAAGGACAUAUACCCUACCAUCGACAACUACAACACCCAAGAUGGUUCGUCUUCCACACACGGCAAGUUGCCAAUCAAGGUGUACACCGCCAAGGGCAAGGCUAACCAGGGUCAAUUCGCCCUUUCUGUCGCUAAAAAAGUCAUCGACUUCUUUUCCGAAUCCUUCGAGAUCCCAUACCCAUUGCCAAAAUUGGAUUUACUUUGUGUGGAGUCCUACUCGCACAACGCAAUGGAGAAUUUCUCUUUGAUUACGUUCAGACCUUCCGCUUUGUUGUACGACGGUGAUCUAGCCGAGGCAGAUGCCGCCGCUUUGCAAAAGAUUGCCUACGUUGUCUCGCACGAAAUUGCUCACCAAUGGUUCGGUAACCUUGUCACGAUGAAAUGGUGGGAUGAGCUAUGGUUGAACGAGGGUUUCGCUACAUGGAUCGGUUAUUUGGCCGUCGAAAAGUUCUUCCCUAACUGGGAUGUCCCAUCUAUGGUCAUGCUUCAAUCUCACGAAGUUGCUUUGGAAUUGGACUCCUUGAAGGAAUCGCACCCAAUCAAGGUUGCUGUCAGAAACGCCAAAGAUAUUGACCAAGUCUUUGACUCAAUCUCUUACCUCAAGGGGUGCUCCAUUCUUGAAAUGGUCGGUGGCUUCUUGGGCCAAGACGUUUUCUUAAAAGGUGUUGCUUUGUACUUGAAGAGACACAAGUUCUCCAACGCUACCAUGGAAGACUUGUUCAACUGUAUUGGUGAAUAUUCCGGUGUUGAAGUUCUAGAACGUUGCAAGAACUGGAUCUUGACUAUCGGUUAUCCAGUCGUUACCGUCUCCGAAUCUGAAGACCCAGAGAAGUUGACGCUAACUCAAGAAAGAUUCUUGUCCGGUGGUAAACCAAAACCAGAAGAAAACACUACGAAAUGGUGGAUUCCUUUGAUGCCUUCAGAAGGCGACUUCAAAAUCGACUUCUCUGAAGAAAUUACCCAGGUACCAAAGAGUGCUUUCAACCACUUUAACUCUGACGCUUUAGGAUUCUACCGUGUCAAAUACAACGGAGAAAACCUAUUCAAAGCUCUACUCUCCAAUUUGGAGAAGCUAUCAUCCAGAGGCAAAAUGGGUCUCGUCUCUGAUCUCGAAGUUACAGGUUCAGUGCAAGAUCUCUUAACUUUGAUUUCGGAAUUUUCAAAGACCCAAGAGCCACAAGAAUACUACGUGUGGUCAAUCAUCUUCGAAUCGUUGAAGAGAAUGAAGUCCCUUUUGUCUUCUGAUGCAACCGUGAAGCAAGCUUUGAAUGACUUCACCUUGGAAUUGAUAAAACCAUCAGAAGAAAAACUCUUGGAAUAUCUCGACCAACAUAAGACCAACUCCUUCAACAAGAGUCCAGAAUCUUUCUUGAGCAACCAGUUCUUCGAAUUGCUUGCUUUGGUGGCUGGCGGUGCAUCACACCCAGAAACUGUUUCGAAGUGCAGAGAAAUGUACGCAAGCAAAUCAUACUCUCCUGCAUUUAGAAAUGUCUUGCUACAAAUCGUUCUCUGCCAACCUGACACUACCAAGGAAGUUGUAGAAUCUGUUUUGAAGGAAUUGGAAACUGCUACUUUGACUUACAAAGAAAGCUUACUAACUGCCUUAGGUGGGGUUCAAAACGAAGAACUAUUCGACACCGUUUUGAAUUUGUUGUUGACAAUUGAACCAAUGGAUGUUCAAUUUUUAGCCGAUGCAUUAGGAUCCAACGUGUCGAUCCGUUCCAAGUUGUGGGCUUUCAUAAAGGCCAACUAUACCGAAUUGCACAAAAGACUAGCCAUCAAUACCAUUGUCAUUGACAGAUUCUUGAGAUUCUCGAUGAAGGAUCUAAUGGGCGAGGACGUCAAGAAAGAAUUCGAACAAUUCUUUGCUGAUAAGAACUUGGAAGGUUUCGACAGAGGUGUGAGACAAACUUUGGAGAGAAUCGAAAAGAACACUCGCUACUUGAAAACCAACCAAUCCCUAGUCAAAGAAUAUUUCAAGCUUUGA